AUGCGUAGCAUUCCUCAGGCUCCCGACGUUAAUGAUGCAGAUGUUACAAUGAUUAAUGUAGAACUCAAAAUGUUGACUAAUGCACAACACAGGUCUAUCAUUGUAUUGUGCUGUUAUUUUCCUCAUAAUUGUAGACAAUCAGAUUCUCAAUUAAAACUAUUUGAAUACAUCUCGGAUUUACGUUUAGAUUUUCCUCUUCAUAAUAUUGUCGUGAUGGGUGAUUUUAAUAUUCCAAAUGCCACAUGGUCAAUACAAAACAACUGUAGUAGUCUUGCAUUACAAAAUAUUUCGCAGAGCGUGCUUACUUACCAACUGUCUUCAUUUAUAAACUUUACCAACUUGCAACAAUAUAAUUGUGUUUUUAAUGUCAAUGAUAGAUUGUUGGAUCUUGUUCUUUCUGACUUGAAGUGCCUUGUAUCUAGGACUCUGCCUUUGUCGGAGCCAGAGGAUAUUCAUCAUCCCUCGCUUAGUAUAGUGAUAAAUAUUUAUUCCAUGGAGAGGAAUCUUAGCCUUAAUCGCCACUUAGUCCGUAAAUAUAAUAAAGCAGAUUAUAGCAUUGUGAAUACACAGCUAUCAAAAAUUAAUUGGAGAGUUGAACUAGAGGAUAAAGAUAUUACCGAGGCUGUUGAUACGUUCUAUAGUAUCGUGAACGAUGUAAUUGACAGAUACAUUCCAUCUAAAUUAGCCACAGAGACUGGGUAUCCUGUUUGGUAUUCCCGGCGGUUGAUUAAACUUUUAAAUGUGAAAUUAAAAUGGCAUAAAAAAUGGAAAACGUAUGGAAGGAUUAAAUUUUGGUCUUUUAUUAAAUCUAAGAAAGAACACAUUGGUAUACCUGAUACUAUGUAUUUGGAUUUGCAAUCUGGCUCAGAUGGACAAACAAUAACCAACAUGUUCAGUUGCUUUUUCCAAUCUGUAUUUGAACCAAAUAUAUCAUUCUCGCUUAAUACUAUGGAUUAUAACUCUAAUACAAUCAUUGCUUCUUUAGAUAUAUCAGAGAAUAAAGUACAAUCAUACUUAGCUAAAUUAGAUGUACGCAAGGGGAGCGGGCCAGAUUCUAUUCAUCCUAUGUUCUUAAAACAAUGUAGUAAAACUUUAAGCAUACCUUUAACUAUUUUAUUUAAAAAAUCCUUGAAUACGGGCUGUAUACCUAAAGAGUGGAAGAAAUCUUUGAUAACUCCGAUUCAUAAGGGUCUUGACAGGAGGAAUGUAAGAAAUUAUCGUGGAAUCUCUAAAUUGUCCUCUAUACCAAAGCUUUUCGAAAAAAUUGUAUAUGACAUGAUAUACCCGGUGUUGAGACCCUUGUUAAUGAGUAGCCAGCAUGGGUUUAUCAAUAAGCGAUCGACUGAAUCUAAUCUUUGUGAGUUUUUAGAUAUUGUACUUAAUGCAAUGGACUCAGGACACCAAGUUGAUGUUAUAUACACUGAUUACGCAAAGGCUUUUGAUAAAAUUUCACAUAGUCUUCUAAUAAAAAAACUUGAACAUAUCGGAAUUCAUGGGAAUUUACUUAGGUGGCUGACAUCCUAUCUGCGUGAUCGGUCACAGGCUGUGGCGAUUAAGGGUUACACCUCUUCGUUUGUUCCAAUUACUUCUGGAGUACCACAGGGCUCACAUUUAGGACCUCUACUAUUUAAUGUAUUUGUUAAUGACAUUGAUAAGUGCUUUUUGAAUUCAAAUACUCUCAGUACCUACUUAGUAGGGUAUCGUUUAGGUGCCCCAGUUAUUGCACAAGAUCCCGAGCAACUUUCUCCCCCUCUGUCACUCGGACAAGGUAUUGUGGCAACUCAUUUCUCGCAAGGUCAUGUAAAGUAUAUGACGACCGCAAGCGAGAGACGUCGGGGUAAAGCGAUGGUGACAGAUGACAGCGUCGACUUGUGA